UUUCAUGAAGUAGUUUUAAGGUUAUAAUUGUUUUCAUGGCACAAUCGGGGUAUAAAGCCGUAAUAAAAGAAGGAUUUUUAUGUCCAGUCUGCCACCAAGAUCUACGUUCUCCAAAUGCUUUAUUGGUUCAUUUUCAAGAUUUACAUUCUGAAGAACAGGACCUUCUUACAUCUAUAAAAGAUCUUGUGAGCAAAGCCAAAAAGAAGAUAUUAAAAUCAGAUGAACAGGAAUUGGAAGUAAACAAAUAUAUACCAAAGCAGCAAUAUUUCUUAGAUCCUGCGAACGUUUCUCAAGAAGUUGGUCAUUUUCGUGAUCAUACUGAAUACUUUAAAGAUGUGAGAAGAAAUCGCUUAGAUCACAGGACAACAGAGACUAAUAAGCUUAUAAUUCGACUAGAUAAAUUAAUUCACUUGGAUGGUUCGGCGCGGAAACAAAAUGAACAGGAACUUGUUCAAUGGUUGGAUGGAACAACCGUUACUCGAUGUCCAUCCUGUGCAAGCACUUUUAACAUCACCAGAAGGCAACAUCACUGUAGACUUUGUGGCAGUAUUAUGUGCAACAGUUGCUCCACAUUUUUGCCAUAUGAAAUUGCAAAAUCCAUUGUGACAUCAGUAUAUACAUUAAAUAAAGGAGAUACUACUAUUAAAAAUGAUAUGGAUAGUAUCAGGAUAUGUAAUCAUUGUAUGGGUUUAUUGGAGACAAGAAGAAGAGUUCAAAUCUCUCAAAUAGAAAAGCCUUUAAUUUGUCAGAUGUAUGAACAAUUGCACAAAGUCAAGUGUGAAUUGGAACCUUUGGUUGAUUUGUAUAAAAAGAUGUAUGAUUCAAUAAUGGAUGGAGACUCUAAAUAUUCGCUUCAGGAUGCUCAGUCAUUAAGAGCCUCAAUAGCAAAGCAUGCAGAACAAUUGGACAUAAUCAGUAAACGCAUCUUGAACAUUCCAGAAGAUGAAACUAAUCUUAAAAUCCAGGCAGCUAUCCGACAAGCAACUUAUCAGUACAUCAAAGAAUAUGUCCUAAAUCAGCCAGUACUUCCAACUCCUGCAGAAAUUGAAAAAAUUAAAAAGGGACGUUCCUAUAGGGUCACAGAGGUACAUCAGCCUUUGGGUAUUCCUAAAAUUAGAAAAGUGGCUGUAACUACGGGCUGGUCACCCGAUAAUGCGUCUGAAAAUAAUGUUCCAGACGUUUCUGACGAUCCUCUUUUACAACAAAUGAAUAUCGUUAGAAACUAUAUCCAGCAAGCCAGGAAAGCGAACCGAUUUGAAGAAGUUGCGUCUCUCGAAGAAAAUUUAAAAAUGUUGAAAGAGACUUAUAUGUCACAACAAAAAAGAAAUGCUGGUUCUAGAAAUGAAUCUGUGGGGCAGGAAUAAGUUAAUUGAAAGUUUAAAUGAAAUAGUAAAUACCGCUCUAUCUCAUUUUUUAAAAGUAUUAUUUAAUUUGAUGCAUUUAAGAGUCUGCAGAUAUAAUAUUCUUAAAGUAACCAAAACCAGUAUUGGGUGUUUGUUUUACAAUUUAUUACUCAAUUCUAGUGAAUCCUAUUAUUAACGUAACUUAAUGUUAUUUGUAUCCGUCUUUUAUUGUCAUGAAAAGUUAUGUGAUGUAUAAUUGUAUUUCUUUUAAAUGUAAGUUGUUAUGCUUAAGCUAAGUGAAUAAUUUUAAGUUUUAUUUUAUUUAUUUCAUUAUUGUUCACUGUUUUAAUAAAACACAU